ACUAUGUGGGUGUUAGACCUAGAGUUGAUUACCGUUUAAAGAAGAAUUGGCUAGAAAGUUACCCAGACGUUAGAAUUAUUGGAAUAGAAGAGCAGAAGAGUGCUGGUUUAGAUGUCAAUAAUAUUAGAAUGUAUAAUGAUAGUGAAAUAGAUUAUUGGCUGGUUAUUAGUUGA